AUGGUGAAGGAGCUUCCAAUGGAGUUGAUCGACAACAUCGUCGACCACCUAUGGGACGACAAACCCUCGCUCUGUAGAUGUGCUCUUGUCAGUCCCACAUGGCUCCGGACAAGCCGAUAUCAUCUUUACCGCGGCAACGCAUGUCUGUCCUCCAGCAAAAAUUUGGAAUCUCUUGUCGCCGCGUCGAAAGUCUCACACGUAGCGGCCUCGCUGCGUUCCAUGGGCUCACUAUGUCUCGAAGAUGGUGAUCCCGCCUGGGUGCAUCGAUUUCCCCUCGUUCUCGGUCGGGUCCUGUCAGAGAUCCAGGAGUUACACAUUUUCAGGCUCACCUGGGAGGUGGUUGUGAUGCAUCCCGAUACCCUCACAAUCGGUCUCAUGCAGUUUCAUCGUGUCACACAGUUGGGGCUGUUUGAUUGCUCGUUUCGCAAUUUCCGGCAACUCCAGCGCCUCAUCUGUGCACUACCUCAGCUGCGGGACCUGAGAAUCAGCAGAGUCUCCUCGAAGAAGCCGUCGCUACUUGCCGCCGAGUCGAUGUUCCGACCUCCGCCACUCACCGACGUCUUCCUUUAUAAUAUUGUAGACCAGCUGCUGGCAUCGGACUUCCUGGAUUGUCUGGUGUAUCCUUCAUCGGUGACUUUGCGGUCGUUACGCUUGGAAGUACCGCGGAAAUUGAUACCGCGUGUGGUGACGGUGUUGGAUGCUGCCAAACCCAGUCUGGAGCAUUUACAUCUGAUCUUAGAAGAAUCAGUCUCUGCAUCCGAUCUGGUGGAGUUGGAUGUCCGCCGAUGCACGGCGUUACGCAGGCUGGAUCUCACCUACGUGCACAGAAUGUCCUUGGCAGACAUCUUGCGCCUCGUACCCGAUAGCGGCAUUGGCCAGCUAUGGAUCAGUAUGAGGCCGGGAAGCGUUAAGCGAGAGUGGCAGAGCGCGAGCAAUAUACUGGGGGAGAAGCGCUUCAGCAAGUUGCACGAGUUUGGGAUUCGGAUUCUCGACGAGAGUCUUUCCGAGGAGGAGAAACAGCAGAUCAAGGACGGGUUUGAAGUGUUGCGUGGUCGAGGGGUGAAGGUGGUGAUGCAUUUUGAUUGA